AUGGAAUUUUUAAGCUUAGACCAUUUUUCGUGUAUUGCUAGCCCAUUAUUAUCAUGUGCGACGAGAGAGCUAGAUAAUAUUGCGGCAAUUCAAACAAGAACUUAUCCUCUAUUAAUGAUGCAGCCAAAACAACCUGGCCGUAUUAAAAACACAAUUUGCGUAUGAAAAGAGAAUUAUGAAGAUCAAGUGGUGUGAGCAGCUAAUUCACAAAUAAGUAUCUUUUAAAUAGGAACUUUAAAGCUAUCAUUGAAUGGGCUUACAUUGGCUUUGCCAGAUGCAAUAAAUAAAGAACUUUUUUCAACUAUUUUACAGCUUGAACAAUUCGAAAAUGGCAUAGCUGUUAGAACUUCAGCUAAUCUUCAUAUUCUAGACAAAAACUUAGAAGAAAUAAGCAGAAUAGAAAUUAAAACAUUAGAAAUAAAUAAAAACCCGAUUUUUCAAGAUCAAUUAGGCUACCUGCAUGAUUCUCAAUUUAGUGUUUUUCAAGAAAAGCCCUUUUCAAUUAGUUUGAUUGAAAAUUAUUUAGGGUUUCAAUACUAUUUUCAUCCUGGGCAAGCUCUCCUUUUUAAUUCUCGUAAAAUCUGCCUAAGGGAUAUCCGAGAAAGCAGAGAAUCAGAAGUGUUAAGCGUCAAAAACACAAAAGAUAUCAGCUGCUUAGACUAUUCUUUUUCAAUUGCAGUAUUAAAUAGCGCUUUAGAGAUCUAUGACUGUCGAUUUUGAAGAGAUCCUGUGAUGAAAUACAACCCUCCCUUUGAUUUUACUCAUCCUCAGUUUCUUGUACAAUUUCCUGAUAGAUCUUUAAUGUAUAGAGAUGGUAUGAUUCAGGAAACUCAAUCAAAAUUGUUUGGCAUCAGUGAAAAUCACAUAGAGGGUAAUAUGUAAUUAGAAUAUAACACAGACAUGAGGACCAAUGAUAUAGAUUUAGAAUUAAUUUUGGAGAUUGGAGAAAAAAAAGACAGGUUAGCAAGGAUAGCAAAUUGUCUAUCUUAUAAAUCUCCUGAAGCCAAACUGCAAGGUAUUGAGCAGCUUGAAAUAAAUAAUAAAAGAUAUUGGCUUCAAAGUUGCCAGCGAGGAGGGCUAUACCUUGAAGACUGCAACAGUAAGCUGACUCACUGUUUCUUAGAAAUGGUAAAAAAUAAGCCUUUUCAGCAAACACUUGAAAGCAGUACUGAAAAAGUUGUAGACAAAAGAGAUUUUCUCCAAAAUUUAUUUAACGAAAAAAUUGAAGUUGCUAAAUCAGCCCCACCCAAACUGAUAUUAGAGGAUCAAUUUGAGUAUGAAGAUUUCGAAGACGAUAUUUAA